AAAAUGAUCUAUAUUCACAUCUGGAUCUUAAUAUUCAUCUUCCUUCCAAAAAGUAUAUUGUGUGCAGAUUUGUGUGGAGAUAAAAGGAAAGUUUUUGGCGCAGUGAGUGGAGAGGUCGUUCUCCCUUUGAACCAGACUGCAAUCAAAGAUAUAGCUUGGGUGAUCGCUAAUAUCCAUUUUGCUACAACAAGACCAGAUGGAGAAAUAGACAUUCGAUAUAACCGGUAUGAAGGCAGAUUGUAUGGAACGGCUGAUGGGUCUUUAAACUUUACUAAACUAACCAGUGAAGACCAGGGAGAGUACACUGCAUAUAUACUCACAGGCCCCAAAAUCAAGUUCUGUGAACAACAGUACGAUCUCCGAAUAUUUAGAAAAUUGCUGUCUGAAGAUAUGGAGAUUCUCCCCAGUGUUACCAGAAAUGGAACCUGCAGUGUCAUUUUAUUCUGUAUGGUAAAUGGAUCUGAUGUGAAUAUUACCUGGAUCAGCUCAAACAGCACUGAAAUAAAUGUGGUUAAUGGAUCACUGCAUAUUACAGAUACAAAUAACAUCUUCACGUGUACUGCAAAGAACCCAGUCAGUACCAUCUCCAGAACCGUGAAUCCACAGAGAUACUGCCGGGGAGAUGUUUCAGAUGUUUUAAAUCUACAAACGAUGUCUACCGCUGAAAAUUCUCUCCUCUGUGGAGUUUUUAUUGCCAAGGGUUUUGCAGUUGUUAUUGUUGGACUUUUCCUCGGCAUCAAUUUACUCCUAACCAGAAAACAAGUGUUUGCACAGUCUGUUUUAUACACUUGUUUCACUUGGGGAGUUUGUUGCCUGGAACACUGGGGUUGUGUGCAUUUUUUGAAUGAUGAUCUUUGCAGUUCAAUGGAUCGAGAUCACUUUCGAACCACCAAGCGUUGCACUUUGUCUGUUGCCCAGGCAAUACCUUAG